UCUCCAGGCUCAGCCUUCCUACGGCUCCAGCUCUCCUCCGCUUGGGAAAAUCAGCGGCAUGAACAAGCUGCCCUCCGUCAGUCAACUCAUCAACCCCCAGCAACGCAACACCCUGACCCCCACCAGCAUGCCUGACAGCAUGGGAGCCAACAUUCCGAUGAUGGGAGCCCACAUGACGAUGGCGGGCGACAUGAACGGGCUCAGCCCCACCCAGACGCUGGGCCCUCCCCUCUCCAUGCCGUCCACCUCCCACUGCACCCCACCUCCUCCCUACCCCACAGACUGCAGCAUCGUCAGUUUCUUAGCGAGGCUGGGCUGCUCGUCCUGUCUGGAUUAUUUCACGGCGCAAGGCCUGACCAGCAUCUAUCAGAUUGAACACUACUCCAUGGAUGAUCUGGUAAGCCUGAAGAUCCCCGAGCAAUUCCGCCAUGCCAUCUGGAAGGGCCUCCUCGACUACCGGCAGCUGCACGACUUCUCCUCGCCUCCGCACCUCCUGCGCACGCCCAGCGGCGCCUCCACGGUCAGCGUGGGCUCCAGCGAGGCCCGGGGCGAGCGGGUGAUCGACGCCGUGCGCUUCACCCUCCGCCAGACCAUCUCCUUCCCUCCCCGCGACGACUGGAGCGACUUCAACUUCGACUUGGAUGCCCGUCGGAACAAGCAGCAGCGCAUCAAAGAGGAAGGGGAGUGAAGCCCCUCCCCGCCCC